CCGCUUAUAUGCGCCCACGGUUUCCUUCUCAGCAGAGGAAAACCUGUCCACGGCUUCGUCUCGCUUGGUAGAUCGCCGCUUCCAUCUGUUCGCUGAUGGCGUCGUCCUCCGAUUUCUCCACUGGAGAUGCUGUGAUGAAGAGACAAAACAGGGGGUCUCCUAUCAAAUUCCUAGUCCCUCUCAUAUACGCUCCCAUCCUCCCUCUCAUUCGAAUCGGGCUGCGGCACAACCCGGUGAUGAGGGAGCGGUUGUUCUUCGGCGUGUUGGCCGGUGCCUUCGCUCACGGGGCGUACCUGGUAACCGAUUUGUACGACAUCGAGAGCAAAUGAGCUUCACAGGCUGCUUCAGAUGGUGUUAUAUUAUUAGCGGGCAACAUUGCUUUCUGAUUCUACGUAGUGCAUUUUCAACAUCAAACUAUAUCUGAUUUAUAUAAUCAGCAUGGUAUUCUACAUGUUUCUUUUCCACAAAAAUGUUAGUUUCUUUUCUUUGGUCUAACUAAUUGAUAUGGUUACGAUGCCAAGUUUCUGGAGUACUUAAAACUUAUGCUUCAGUUCAUUCUUUAGAAAAUCAAACCAACUUUUUCUUCA